AUGUCCUUUAACCCCAGUGAGGGGUGGAUCAACAACAACGACGCCAUUAUCGAGGGCCCUCACCGAUCCGACCGCCAGGCUUGUCAGACGCCUUGUGACCUCGGCGGCGGCGUUGACGAAGACGAGGCAUUGCUCGGCCUAGGAACCGCCCAGCUUUUCGGCGGUGACCCCAAGCCCAGCCCCCGUCGCCGGCGGCGGCGCCAGCGAGAGGAAGCAACCCCGACCAAGGACACCAUCAGCCACAAGGCUGCCAGUGUUGGCAAGACAAAGCCGCUCCCGGCCGCCGGCACCCGCGAAGCGGAAAAUUUCGACGACGCAGACCCAACCGGCGGUCUGAAGUGGCUCUUCUACGCCACACGGCCCGGGAAACGGUUCAGCUGGUAUGCGGACCGAGUCAACCAAAUUCGCUACGUCGUGCAUGACGCAACCAAGUAUGCGGAGGUCCUACGUCAGGCGCUGGAGUGUAAGGCCCGAGGAGAGAAGCUUCUCGUAUACUGCGGCCUGGAAGCCGGAUGA